AUGGUAGGGAAGAACAUAUGGUUUAAAAGGGAUGACAAACAAAGAGUAAGGGCUGCAUGUGAGGUGGGCUACCCUUUUGUGAUAUUUGCUUUGAGAAUUGAUGGCUCACCAACAAUGGUCAUCAAAACCUUGAAUUUGGAGCAUGAGUAUGCAAAUGAGUUAAGGGCUGAUCCGGAUUGGUCAGUUCCUGGAUUUACAGCUGCAAUUCAGAGAGAUUUUGGCUUGGAGCCGAGUAUGCAACAAAUAUAUAGAGCUAAGUUGAAGGCAACGAAGUUAAACAAAGCAUGCAAGACUGGAUUUUUGCAAGGUUGUAGGCCUGUAAUUGGUAUGGAUGGGUGUUUCAUUAAGGGACCACAUCCUGGUCAGUUAUUGGCAGCAGUGGGGAUUGAUUGGAACAAUGGAAUGUUCUCGCUAGCUUAUGCUGUUGUAGAGAUAGAGAAUAAAGAGACAUGGGAGUGGUUCAUAAGAAAUUUGAUUACGGACUUAGCCAUUGAAAAUGACAUGGCAAGGGACAAGCCAAUUCUGUCAAUGCUUGAGGGUAUAAGGACAAAUCUCAUGGUGAGGAUGGCAAACAUGAGGGUUGUAGCUUGGAAGUGGAAAAGGCAUGUCGGUCCAAGGAUUGAACAAAUUAUGAAGAAGAACAAGCUGGAGUGGCUAAGCAUUGGUCCUUACCCAUUGUUGCCUCCUCUAUUUAAGAAGCAAACUAGGAGGCCAAGAAAGAAAAGGGCUAGGGAGCAAGGUGAUCCACCAGCUGCAACCAAAGGAAACAAACUAUCUAAGUGGGUUCAUGACAAAUUUAGUUGCAGCAAAUGUAGCCAAGCUGGCCAUAAUAAGAAAACAUGUGGCAAAUCAACAAGUCAACAGCCUCCAAGUGUACAAGUGGUCCCUAAACCUAGACAAAGGAAACCAAAACUUAAGGUGGCAAGAGGAGGGAGGAAAAUGCAGCAAUCAAGGUCAAACUCUAAUGCUCCAGCGGGAACAAGUAUUUCACAACCUUCUCUAGUAGUUGUCAUGUUUUCACAACCCUCUCCAACACCUCAAGUGGCAUCACAACCUCCUAUUGCACACAAUUCUUUAUCCCAGCAAGCCUCAACAUCACAAACUGUCCAAAGAAGGAAAUUAAAGUCUCCAGCAAAGAAAUGA